GGUUCUGGUUCGCACCCCUUUGAGGGAAGCCACAGGUGCAGGCUCCCGCAGGAACAAAGCCGAUUUCUGGAACAUUCUGUGCUUAUUCACCUUCCAGGGACGGACUGGGGGCCAAGGCGCUGGCCCCUCCGGCCCUGCCUCCCCGCACCACGGCGGCUUGAAACCUUGUCCAGUGCGGGGCAACGGGGAGAGCGGGGGCGGCCAGGGGACCCUGCUGCCCUGCCCACGGUGGAGAGUCGCCUCCCCGGCCUCAGUUUCCUUCGGUCUCGAACUACCCGGCACGUAGUGGGCCUCGGCCAUCCCGGGCAGGGGCCCGGCGCAGUGCGGCGGGCCACCCAAGGUCACGCGCCUGGGCCCGACGCGACCCCGGGCGGCUGGACUCCGGGAGCCCCGGGGCGGCGCGGGACGAGCGCGGGGCGGCGAGCGCGCGGGCAGGGAACCUGCAUUCCGGCCCUGGCCGAGGGGUCCCGCCCCUGCCCCGGGUCCCCCGCCGGCCCCCCGCCCCACCCCGUCACCUCCCCGGGACCCGGGAGGGGCGGCGGGGGGAAGGGCGGCGGCGGUUACCUCAUCGCCGCCUGCGGGAGGCCCCGCGCGCUCGCUCGCUCGCUCGCGCCGCGGCUGAGGCGGCGACUCCCGGCGCCGGAGCGGGAGGAGGACUUAGGGGGCGGGAGGACCGCGGCGCCGCGAGGAGGUCGCACCUCGAUCGCGCCGCGGGGCGGAUUGGAGGCGGUGUCUGCGCGCGGCGCGCCGGGUGCGUUCGCUCCCGGUCCUCGGCGCCCGCCGGAGCCGCUCGUGCGUCCGCCGCCGGCUCGGUCCUCGGGGGGACGCCGGGGCGCGCCAGGGCGGGCGUCGGCCCAUGAGGCUUCCCGGCGCGGGCCGGCCAUGGGGGGCAGCCUGCGGGUGGCCGUUCUGGGCGCCCCGGGCGUGGGCAAGACGGCCAUCAUCCGCCAGUUCCUGUUCGGGGACUACCCGGAGCGCCACCGGCCCACGGACGGGCCCCACCUCUACCGGCCCGCGGUGCUGCUCGACGGCGCGGUCUACGACCUGAGCAUCCGCGACGGCGACGUCGCCGGCCCCGGCCCCAGCCCCGGGGGUCUCGAGG